UUGGCAAUGACAUAAUUUCCGCAAAAUGUUAAUUUCUCAAGAAAAAGCUUAAAAUUCUUAUCAGCUGUGGUUAAAAGUGGUUCCUCUACAACAAAAUACGUGUCCCAUAUGACCGUUAAUAAAUUUGUUCCACCCAAAUAGUGAAAAACAGUGUUAAUUAGGAACUAGUGAACGCCCAUUUGUUUUUAUUUAUAGUCGAAUAAACAUAUUUGGAGAUGGAGGAUAUUUCUCAGUGGUGCAAGGAAGGAAAUGCCUUGCAGGUCAGGGUAUGGCUGGACGAACCCGAACACGACAUGAACCAAGGAGAUGACCACGGCUUUAGUCCUUUGCAUUGGGCAUGCAUGAAGGGACACAUCAAAAUUGUUGAGAUGCUGUUGCAGAGGGGUGCAAGGGUUAAUGCCACCAACAAGGGAGAUGACACUCCACUUCAUUUGGCUGUUGCACAUGGACACAAGGAUAUUGUCCAGAUGUUGCUUAGACAAAAGGUUGAUUUGAAUUUCACUAACGAACAUGGUAACUCGCCCCUCCACUACGCGUGUUUCUGGGGCUACAACGAUAUCGCCGACGAACUGGUCCGUCACGGCGCCAAGGUGGCGGUAGUCAACAAAUAUGGUGACACUCCUUUGGACAAAGCAAAAGGCAAUCUGGCAAAAGUACUACACGAUGUCGCGGUGGAAACAGGACAAGAUAUCAGGAAGAUCCAGUUCAAGGAUCACGCUUGGUUGGCAAACAAAACGCGAUCACGAGAAGCAACUUUAUCCAGGCAUAAGGGCAUAAAUUACAAUGAGCUAAAACUGUCCAGAGUGAUUGCGGAAACUCACAGCGGCAUCACCUAUUACGGAAAAUGGCAGAAAAACGAAAUCGUAGCCAAGAAGCUGAAAAUCAGGAAGAUGUCGCCAAGAAUAUUGCGAGAUUUCAACGAAGAGUUUCCAAAACUUCGAAUUUUCUCUCAUCCGAACAUCCUUCCGGUGAUCGGCUGUUGCAGCAGUCCGGAGUUGGUUGUGUUGAGUCAGUAUUUGCCUUUUGGUUCCUUGUACAGCGUGCUGCAUGAAAGCAGCGACAUCGUUGUCGAUAACGCACAGGCGCUUCGUUUCGCCAUCGAUAUUGCCAGAGGUAUGGCGUAUUUACACAGUUUAGAGAGAACUAUUCCUGAGUACCAUUUGAACAGUCGUCACGUAAUCAUCGAAGAGGAUCUGACCGCUCGUAUUAACAUGGCCGACGCGAAAUUCUCAUUCCAGGAAAAAGGACAGAUUUAUUACCCCGCCUGGAUGUCACCGGAGGCGUUGCAGAAGAAACGCACUGACAGAAAUUGGGAGGCGUCCGACAUGUGGAGUUUUGCUAUUUUACUUUGGGAAUUGGCGACCAGAGAAGUGCCUUUCGCGGAUUUGAUUCCCAUGGAAGUCGGCAUGAGAAUUGCCCUGGAGGGCUUAAGGAUAACAAUAAAGCCAGGAAUUUCUCCGCAUUUGACGAAACUAAUUAAAAUCUGUAUGAACGAGGACCCCGGCAAAAGACCCAAAUUCGAUAUGAUCGUUCCGAUUUUGGAUAAAAUGACUCGUUGAUUUUCUAUUAUAUUGUGUUCAUAAUAUAAGCUUUAAUAAUGUACGUGUUACUGAUGUAAUUCAUCGUAAUUGUUGUUGUGCCUUUGAUAUUGCCUUGUUGUAAUCGUAACAAACUCGUUAAUAUUGUAGAAUUAUACAAACACACAUUUUUAUAGCAUGUUUGAAUAACGAUCGUAAAAACGAAGGUGCUUUUUUAAAACGAAUAACGAAUAAAAUACACAUUUGUUGUAAUAAUUAAAUUACUUAUUUUUUAUAAGUAACAUCAAUUGUUAGAAAAAUUAUGAUUUACUAAAAACUAACGCGAUUUAUAUUUGUAGAUAAGUAUUAAUAAAUUUUUAAUUUAUUAAAA